AUGCUUCCCUCGGAUUUCCAGCCGGAGGAUGCACACGAAGACCCUUUCGCGCAACUUACGCUCGAUCCACUACCAGAUGCCUCGUCAUUCGACGCUGACGUGGCGGUUCCGGAAGGAGCAGCGUCGCGUCCACCAGGAAGGCGAGCGCUGUGCGAUCGCUGUCAGCGGCCGUCGCGCGCGUGUUUAUGCCCUAGUUUACCGCCGAGUAGAUUAAAGACACGGACAAGAGUAAUAGUGCUGCAGCACCCACACGAGGGCAAGAAGCGGCUCGCGACUGCUCCGAUCCUCGCGCUCACUCUAGUGUCCACGCGCAUUAUAACGGGUCGAAGGUUCCUCGAAGGAUCCUCAGCUGAGCUGGACCGGGCGCUGAUCCCUCGCUGCGGGGGCAGAUUGGGUGGAACGUGGCAGGACGGGAGAGGGGGAGGGGAAACGGAGGUAGGAAGGGGAGGGGAGGAAAUCGGACGAUGCGCAAAGGAGGAUCGAGAGAGGGGAAAUGGAUGGAAUACUGGGAGUGAGCCCCUGAAGAGAGAAAGAGCAGGGAUCGGGAGAGGCGAUGCGGAUUUGGGACGCGCAGGGGACGGUGUGUGUGAAGCGAGGAGCUGGGGAGCAUGCGGCGCAGGGGACGGUGUGUGCGCGUGUGGACACGUGCGGCUGCUCAUGUUCCCCGGGGAGGGCGCGCUGCCGGUGGGCGACUGGUGGAGGUGGUAUCUGGCCCGGCUUCAACUGGCCGCGCAGCAUCCGUGGGAGCGUGGAGCGGAGCAGCGUGGAGCGGAGAAUAGUGGGGUGGAGCAGCGAGGGGUGGAGAGAGGGCGUGGGGGGGAAUGGUGGGAAUGCAGGGGGGGAAAGGGUUGUGGGAAAUGGGGCGGUGAGUGUGUGGAGGAGGAGAAAGGACAUGGGGAGGCUCGCAAGUGUGGAGCAGAGGCGCAGGGGUGCGGGGAGGGGCGCGGGGAGUGUGGGGAGGGGCGCGGGGAGUGUGGGGAGGGCCGCGGGGAGUGUGGGGAGGGCCGCGGGGAGUGUGGGGAGGGGCGCGGGGAGUGUGGGGAGGGCCGCGGGGAGUGUGGGGAGGGGCGCGGGGAGUGUGGGGAGGGCCGCGGGGAGUGUGGGGAGGGCCGCGGGGAGUGUGGGGAGGGGCGCGGGGAGUGUGGGGAGGGCCGCGGGGAGUGUGGGGAGGGCCGCGGGGAGUGUGGGGAGGGCCGCGGGGAGUGUGGGGAGGGGCGCGGGGAGUGUGGGGAGGGGCGCGGGGAGUGUGGGGAGGGACGCGGGGAGUGUGGGGAGGGACGCGGGGAGUGUGGGGAGGGACGCGGGGAGUGUGGGGAGGGACGCGGGGAGUGUGGGGAGGGACGCGGGGAGUGUGGGGAGGGACGCGGGGAGUGUGGGGAGGGACGCGGGGAGUGUGGGGAGGGACGCGGGGAGUGUGGGGAGGGGUAUGCUGUGACCCUGGUGGUGAUAGAUGGUACGUGGGAGCAUGCCAGGGAGAUGAUGAAGGCGAGUGGAAGCUUCCUCAGGCGCCACUGUGCGAUGGUGUGUCUACCCUUUGACCGCACAUCCCCAGGCCCGCCGCCCGGCCACCAGGGUCUUGUGGUGCGCAAGGAGCCGCACAAAGGGGCCGUGAGUACAGUGGAAGCAGUCGCACGGGCCUUGGAUGUGCUUGAAAGGGAUGUGCUUCAAAUGGAUGCGCUUGAGUGGGAUAGGGAUGGGGAGAGUGUGGAGAGGAAAAACGAGAACGCGGCUCGGCCGGAUGCUAAUGCAGGUGACAGCGGCAAUCCCGCCGAAGAUAGCGGAAUUGUGUUAGUCGCGGGCACGUGGCAAGUCGAAAAUGCAGGGAAACCUGCGACGGAGCCAGGCGACGGGACAGCAGGAAAUGCGGGGGGUGAGAACCCGCAAAAUGCGGCGGGAAAUGCGGCGGAAGCCUCGGAGCAGCGGGAGACGUUGGAAAUUAUGUUAGAGGAUGGGUUGCACAUGACUGUGGAGCUUGACUCCGGCGAACGGCUUCUUAACGAGUUGGGAUACAAACAGGAGCUGACGCGACGCCUAGGCUUCGUUGAUGUGUUUUCUAUAGGCCUCUCCACCAUCAUAAUCUACGCUGGCGUUGUCCCGUUCUACGCUCAGACGUACGUCAACGGAGGCCCGGUGGCACUCGUGUGGUACUGGUGGCUCACAGCUCUCUUCACUCACUGCGUCGCCCUCACCUUCGCAGAAGUUUCUUCCUCCUUCCCUAUCUCGGGGUCGCUCUACUUCUGGGCGGCAGCUCUCGCCGGCCCAAAGCACGGCCCCUUUGCCGCCUGGAUCACCGUGAGGGCCCUUCUCCCUCCUUCCUCACCACCCUUCAUACCCUCCUUCCUCACCACCCUUCAUACCCUCCUUCCCUUUGCCGCCUGGGACACUGUGACAUCCCCCCCCUCCCUCUCAGACGCCUUCCUGCUCAAAUCCCUUCCCCCUUCACCCCUUCUCCCUCCUCACCCUUCCUAUUUCUUCAACCCCCCUUCCUCCUCACCCCCCUCCCCGCUUUUCCUCGACCCCAUCCCCCCUCCUCGUCACCCCCCCCAUUCCUCCUCAUCCCCUCUUCCUCCACAACCCCCUUUCCUCUGCUUCCCCUGUGUGGGGCCCCUCUCACUUCUCUCUCCCACCCCUCAAAAGCGACUCACUGUCUCUUUCCCCCUUUUACAAACUGACCCUCACUUUCUCUCCUUUCUCCCUCACUUCCCCCGCUCCCCUCUCCUUCCACUGUCCUCACUUGCUUCCUCCCCUCUCCCUCCUCCAUACCAACCCCAGGGCUGGUUGGAGUUCUUUGGCAUAUCUGUGGGGUUGGGCGGCGUGGCCUUCGGGGGGGUGCAGCUGCUACAGUACACCAUCUUUGCUGCUACAGGGGGUGCUAAUAACGGGGGCUUCUUUUUCAGCAAUUACGAGUGCUUUGGGAUCACGGCGGGCGUGCUUAUAAUGGGGGGACUGCUCACCUCGCUGCCGAUUAAAGUGAUUGGAAGAAUCAACGUCUUCACUGCAGUCUGGCAGAUAGUGCUAACCCUCGUGAUAAUCGUGCUGCUGCCAUGUGUCGCUGUCACCACUCAGCCCGCCUCCUUUGUCUUUGCUCAUUACCACGUGCAGCUCAAUCAGAGCCAACUGCCUAAUGCGGCAUACGCCUUCGUGGUGGCGCUGCAGCUCUCCCUCUACGGCCAGUACAGCUACGACACUGUAGCGCACAUGGCAGAAGAGACAAAGCACGCCGACCGCACGAUCCCGCUAGCCAUGGUGGCGUCCCUCUCGUGCGUGUGCGUGCUGGGGUGGGGGCUGCUCGUGGCGCUCACCUUCUGCAUUCAAAAUGACGACCGGCUGCUGGGCACAAACAACGAGACGAGGGGCGAGUACCCCGUGGUGCAGAUCAUAUGGGACGUGUUCUUCAGCCGCUACGGCAGCGGCACCGGGGCAGUCAUCAUCCUCUGCUGCAUGUCCCUCGCCUUCUUCCUCGGUGUUGUCGGCGGGCUCACAGGCGCUUCCAGAGCAGCCUACUCCCUUUCCCGCGACUCAGGCCUGCCCUUCGCCUCAUUAUGGCGGCGGGUGAACCCCAGCCGCACACCCAUCUACGCCGUGUGGCUCUGCUGCAGCAUCGCCAUCCUCUUCUCUCUCCCCCUCCUCGACGACUCCAACACCUUCCAUUUCAUCACCUCCCUCGCCACCGUCGCGUGGGUCGGCAGCUACGCGGUCCCCAUCUUCUUCCGCCUCAUCCAAAGAGACGAGGAUUUCGAGCCGGGAGCCUUCAGCCUCGCGAACUACGUGGGCCACACAGGCAGCUACGCGGUCCCCAUCUUCUUUCGGCUGAUUCAAAAAGACGAGGACUUUGAGCCCGGGGCGUUCUGCCUCGCAAACUACGUCAGCCACACAGGGAGGUGCGUGCCGCUUCUCUUCUCUCUCCCCCUCCUAGACGACUCCAGCACCUUCCAUUUCAUCACCUCCCUCGCCACCGUUGCAUGGGUGGGCAGCUACGCUGUGCCGAUAUUCUUCCGGCUGAUCCAAAGAGACGAGGAUUUUGAGCCGGGAGCGUUCAGCCUGGCCCAUUACGUUGGCCACUCAGGCAGGUGGGUUCUCUUCUCUUGCAGGUGA